GACUUGGAGCCUUUACAUUCCUGUCAUUCCAGCCGCUGCGAACAAUCGGCCCUCAGUUAUUUAUUGGCGCAGCGCGCAGCUCCGGGCCGCUCAGUCUGCUGCUGGCCGUCGGCGCGUAAACACACACACGCACGGACACACACGGGAGAACACGCGUUGCGUUACAUUGAGGAAAAGCCGUGGACAUACUUGACCUGAGCUCGGACUACUUUAGAGAUCGCGCCAUCGUUAAACGUUUCCCGUGUGAUGAGACCAUCAUCUGAGUUGUGACGUGCCCUCAAAUUGCCACCACUAGGCUGUUUUUUGUGCCCAUUUCCCACUGACUGACAUGAGAACUGCUGAAGGCUCGUCUGGAACGGUCCUGCACCGUCUGAUCCAAGAGCAGCUCCGCUACGGCAAUCUGACGGACACCCGAACGCUUCUGGCUAUCCAGCAGCAGGCCCUGCGCGGAGGGAGCAGCAGCAGCAGCGGAGGCAACGGCAGUCCUCGCUCCUCUCUGGAGAGCCUGACUCCGGAGGAGCCCCAGUACAUGCAGAUGUCCACACGACAGGAGCCCCAGGGCCAGGAGCACCAGGGGGACUGCGUUCACUCCGAGAGCCAGGUGUGCCACCUGUACCAGCUCCAUGGGGAAGAGCUGCCCACGUACGAGGAGGCAAAGGCCAACUCCCAGUACCUGAUCUCCCAGAAGGGGCAAGAGGGGCCAGGCGGGGACAUGAUGGGGAACCUCGGCGAGGGCCACUGGGAUUUGAAAAGGGAGCACGCUCGCUCCCUCAGCGAGAGGCUCAUGCAGCUAUCUCUGGAGAGGAACGGCCAUAGACACAGUCUGGCCUUGAGCUCCUCGCGCAGCUAUCCACAGCUGCAUGAUAAUAUCACAAGUGCCGUGUCGGCUGACAGGCAAGCGGCCCAACAGUGCGAGGAGCGGCGUGGGCCGCCCCCGGAAUACCCUCUGUUUGCCAGACUUCCUGGAUACAUGCUCAGCCACUCCCAGGAGCAUGGGCAGUACUACAGAGACCCUCCUCCCCCCUUCUACUCGCAGCAUCACAGCAGGUAUGCGUCGGCUCAGUCCCAAGUAGCCCCCAGCGGCAUCACAGCAGCCCCCGGCAACGGCUCGGCUCAGACCGCCGCGUUGGUGCGGGAGAAUGAGCGGCUCAGGAUGGAGCUGGACGUCCACACCGAGAAGGCCGCCAGGCUGCAGAAGUUGGAGCUGGAGAUCCAAAGGAUAUCUGAAGCGUAUGAGACUCUGAUGAAAGGCUCGGCCAAGCGGGAGACUCUGGAGAAAACAAUGAGGAAUAAACUAGAGGCCGAGAUUAAGAGGAUGCACGAUUUCAACAGAGAUCUGAGGGAUCAGCUCGACUCAGCCACCAAACAGCGGUCGGCCAGGGAGGCAGAGUGUUCGGACCAGAGACAGCAUGUCUUUGUUAAGCUGCUCGAGCAGAACGAAGAGCAGCAGCGGGAGCGCGAACAACUGGAGAGGCAGAUUCAACAGCUGCGCCUCUCCGGGGAGGAGUGCCAGCGGCGGCGGGAGCUGCUCGAGCAGGCGCUGGCCUCCACGCAGGCCCGCAACCGGCAGCUGGAGGAAGAGCUGCAAAGGAAGAGGGCCUACGUCGCUAAGGUGGAGCGGCUGCAGAGCGCGCUGACCCAGCUGCAGGCCGCCUGCGAGAAGAGGGAGGAGCUGGAGCUGCGGCUGCGCACGCGACUAGAGCAGGAACUGAAGAGCCUUCGGGCACAACAGUCUCAGAGACAGGCGGCUGACCCCAGGGGCCCGAGCUCCUCCAUGUUGCAGCAGCAGCUGCUGAGGGAGAAAGAGGAGCGCGUUUUGGCUCUGGAGGCAGACAUCACCAAGUGGGAGCAGAAAUACCUGGAGGAGAGCACCAUGAGGCAGUUUGCAAUGGAUGCAGCUGCCACAGCAGCAGCACAGAGAGAUACAACAAUCAUCAAUCACUCACCUCGGCAUUCACCAAACAACAGUUUCAACGAUGACCUGCCUUUGGCGAGUCACAGACAUCAGGAGAUGGAGAACAGGAUCCGCGCACUUCACGCUCAGCUCCUGGAGAAGGAUGCUGUGAUCAAAGUCAUUCAACAGCGCUCCAGAUGGGAGCAGGGCAGGCUGGAGAAUCAGGGGCUUCGUCUGGCCCGGUCCGUCCCCUCUAUCCACACUGUGACCAGCAUCAUGGAGCGUAAAGGAAAGAGCCUCUCGGAUGACCAGACGGGCGCCGCUGCGAUGCAGCCCCUGGCCAUCGUGAGGCCAAGGGGCCCGAGCCGAGACUCAAGCACUCAAAGUGACGAAGCCCUGCUGGAGCCUGAGGAGCUAAAGAUGUCUGAGGGGAUCUCAGCAGCUACAACUGACACCUUGGAGGAACCCUUCAAGAGCAUCAGCAGCACAGAGUCAGAGGUGCUUGAAAUUCUCAUUUAAUAUGACUUCAUUGACUUUUAGCCGAGGUGCCGAAAGGCCGUCCUAGUCUGAGUAAAGACGGGCGAUGUGAGCAGCUGAUUUUCAAGCAGACUCAAAGAUGCAUAGCCCAGGAUGUGGUGCUUUUUUUUUUUUUUUUUUUUUUGGAAAGGAGAGCUGAGCUUUUCACAAUUCACAAACUGUGACCUUUGCCUCAGGAGUGUGAUUUCUCCAAGGCACCUGGACAGUAUUCUGCACUGUGAUAGGGUUAUUCUUUUUGUUGCAUGUUACCCUUUGUUAUUAUGUAUUGUAUUUAUAUUUGUAAACGCUGCUCAUAUUGUGAUGUUCCUUUUAUGUAUGAGAGGUGAGACAAACAAGGAUCACUCGCUUUGCUCCGCUCGACUUAAAUUAUAUAAAGUUUUGCCGUCCUAUCCGGAUUGAGCGCACAACCCUUCUUUGUUUGGUUGGGUUUAUUUUGAAGUUCCAGUAGCGAGCCUAUUAACAGGCCCUCCGAAAGUAAUGGGAAUAUUAGCUAAUAUAAUCAUCUUCUGCGUGUCCAUGCCAUUUUUGGGGAUUAGUCUGUGUAACAGAACAACUCAAACCUAAAUCUACAGUUGCUCCCCCACUCACGGCUCAGAGGAGGGAAGACUUUUAGUCCUCGAAAUGCCUGCUGGUUUCUCUCUUUAAAAAACCUGCGUUGAUUGAUAGGCAUUUCCCGGGGGUCUAAUUUUCCAGAUCCCGGGUUAAAUGUUCUGGGCCUCGCAUGGCGACUGCCGAGCCUUAUUUACCCCCCCUCGGCUGACACGCCGGAGCUAAUCUUCUCACAUUCCCCCUGCUGAGGGAAUGCUCCCGUUAAAGAAAAAGGCUAUCUAAAGUCUGACCCCUCGGCCUUGUUAAAAUGGCACACAUUCUCCACAUGAUUCUUUUUCUGGGGCUGUUUAUUUCGUCUGAGCUGGUGGUAGCUGGUUCUACCGUGAAAUGGUCAACUAUAAUUGGCCGGCAUUUGUUGUCACCAUUGCUGCUCAAGUAUCUCACAUUUCUGAGAUACCAUGGAAUCUGCUAUUUAUUUCUCCCUGCAUAGUGUCGGAUCGAUGAACACUGCUGAAUGUGGACUCCUGUUUUCCCGGCCCGGUUCCCCUUUUGUAUUUAACUGGAAUGCGCCACCACUUAUCUUUAGCGGGGUAAUGCCACUCUGCUAGAAUGUUAUCCUAGAGUGGUCAGGCUAUCUCGACAACGUUAUCAACAGGACUAUUGUUUAAAGUCCCACAAGCCACACGUGGAAUCUGACAUUUGACUGGUAUUCCCCUUCAAGCUUAUUCACCACAUUUUCCGUUGCAAUGCGUUUGCCGGUCAAUGCACUGUGACAGUUUAAGUUAAUGACCCUACUUUGGAAUGUUUACAUGAAUGGCCAUUUGAAGUGAGAGACGUUAAUAUAUUUUGUAGGUUUUUUUUCUUCUUUUAAUUUUGUUUUCUGGUGCCAAAGAUGUACUCUACUUAAGUUAUAACUGAUGACAAAUACAAAAGGUCCGGUUACGAUGCCUUGCUUCAGCUAGUUGACCCAUUUUGGUGUUGCUGUGAACUUCUGCAAAGGAAACAUUUGAAUGUAUGCCUUAACAUUUCACUGUAUUAGAUUAAAAUUCUUAAUAUAUGUCUGAGAAAAGGCCUUCUGGUUUUCUUUG